GCCUGUGGCUCUAGGCAGAGGUAAGAAAAUCCGACCGAAAAACCAUCGACCUAUUUCGAGUAUCCAUCGGAAUCUUUCAAAUCCUCCAACGAAUUCAACGAAUGGAAUGAGUCGAUGAGGAGGGGUUGCCCGCCAGAGCAGCUGUUGCGCAUCGUCCAGAACCGAGAAUGAUCCUGGCCGGGGCCAGUGCGACGGGAUUCCUCGUCCAAGACCUUCUCGUCACCACAAUGCUCUUCGUCCGGGAUCUCGCUUUCAUGAGCGGCAGGGAGGUGCGAGUCGGACGCGAGUACCAACCGAAUGGAGUGACCGCCUACGAUCUGCGGCAGCCGGAGACGACAGAAUUCGUCCGGGAGGGAGAGCGGGCCUUGGAGGCUCUGAGGUCCCGCCUCGAUUCGGCGGACGUGUGGCCGCUGGAGGCGGAAUACCCGCGGGACGGGAUCGUCCUCAGGUCCCAGUUCCAGCCGCGUCUCGGCGUCUACUUCAUCUACACGGAGGCAGUGCUGAAUUACAACUUCGAGUGGGCAUUCAGGAAAUCCUGGGGAGUUCCAGGAAAGAAUUUGGAGUGGUACAAAGACUUCAGCAGGAACGAAAUCGUUCAGUGGAUUUCCGAAAAAUGUCGGAUUGUGCACGAGACGACGGAGCCGAUGCUCGGCGGCUGGAUCGCCGCGAGGGAUUUCGUCUCCGUCACCUGCCACGAGAAGAUCGGGGAGAAAAUCUACUGGCCCUUCUGCAAUGUCACCUGGCCCGGCCUCCCGCCGAAAGACGGGAUCGUGAGGAGCGUGGCGCACAUCGGGAGCGGGUAUGCAUUUUCCCCGCACAAAACGGACAAGACGAAGAGCGUCUUCCAAUCCAUCAACGGGAUGGACUUCCAAGUCCCGUUCGUCCCGACGAGCAUCCUGAAGACGUUCGCAGCGGCCAGGCACAGACAGUUCGUCCUCGCGCUGAGGAGGCACCUGGACGAGAUGGCUGCUUCUUCGUGA